AUGCUUGCUAGAGCCUCUCUUCAUUCAAACGGCUCAGAAUUCCAUACGUUGGAGUAUGCAGACCAAAAAAAGGUAAAUUGAAUAAUUAAAACGAGGAAGGAUAAUUUUUUAGGACAACAUAACCGCUCAUCAUGCGCGAGACUUGGUGCACAUCAACGCGGGAGGUACUCGGUUAGUCUGAUUCUCUGAAAUUUGAUAUUAUAAGCCUGAAAGGUUCAGAUUCACAACCUUGUAUGAUACUCUUGCCCAGUCCAACUCUUCGUACUUUAGCAAUUUUAUUCGAGUUGACCCCACGUCUGGAAAAAUUUGCUUGCUUCAACAGAGAACUAUCGUGAGUCACUUUUUGAAUUGUUUUAAAGUUUCAACACUACUUUCAACAAAACUAGUUUCAGCGUGAUGAGUCAGGAGCAAUCUUUGUAAACCGAGACGGUCGUCUGUUUGCCCAUGUUCUUCAGUUUAUGAGAGACCGCAAGAACACUGUCUUGCCAAAAGAUAGAGACAUUCUGGCACAGCUUAAGGUGGGUUUCAAAAGAUUGGAGAAGGAUGCUGCCAAGAAUCGUUUCAUUGCCGAUAACGAGCCGCUGACUAUGCGUGUCUACGCCUUUGGCAAAUGUGUACAUUGUGUUUUAGUAGUAAGCAAGGCGUAGUAAUGGAAAUUUAAAUCAGUAGUGUAGGAUUUAUUUUAUUGGACAUUUUAAAAAGUAAUAAGGAGAAACAUGAGAAACUAACCAAACCAGGUUCUUGAAGUUGUUCGAUGAGGCUCGAAUCUUGUUCAGUCAUGAGUCCGGUUUUAUUAUUCGAAUUUAAGAAAAAGGAGUUUCUGAACAAAGAGUUUGUCUGAUAACUUCCGAAGGGUUAAGAGCACUUGCCCUUUACGAAGAUCCACUGACAAUAAAACCUUUUUUAAGAGAGAAGCCGAAUUCUUCGGCAUGGAAGCAUUCAAGUACUCGAUUCAAGAGACACUUAUCGACAUGGAUAAGGAACAACGUGUCAAACACGACGACAUGUCCGACAUUCGUGCGUCGGUUAAUCAAAUCGCUAACAAUACCUAUUUCAACAAAUGA